AUGUCUCAGACAGAUGAAUCCCCUACAACACUGGCAAAGACGCCAACAUAUGAAUAUUAUGGAUUUGUACUUUAUUUAUUAUCGUUCAUAGCAUUCGCAAUAUAUUUAUUGUGGGCAUAUUUACCUAAAGAGGUUUUAGAAUCCUUAGGGAUCACUUACUAUCCAGAUAGAUAUUGGGCACUUGCAUUACCUGUAUGGUCCUUUGUCUUGGUGAUUUUCAUUUUUGUCGCAUUUAUUUCAAUAAAUUUUCUGAAUACAGCACCGCUUGAUUCGUUUAACACAAUAACAGGUUCUAAUGAAUUUAAUUCAAAUUUUUAUUACAGUUGA